AAAUAAAAAAAAUUCAAAAGUUUUGAUGUAGCUAUUUUCUCGCCAUCAAGCGUCUGUCUCAUUGUUACGAUGCCUCCUUUCAUGGUUCAUUGAUGUUUGAAGAAGAUAGAGCUCAAGCCGCCAUGGAAGGACGUUCUUAUGCUGAGGAUAGUCGUCUCAGAGGCGUCUCCCUUGGGACCGAUGCGUUGAUGUUUGAAGGAAAAACGGUUUCUCGAGCCCUAGUCGCCAUGGAAGCUUCUGGAGGUUCUUAUACAAAGAAGAGUACUAGUUAUCUCGCCUGCAUGGUCAACAUCUACGGAUCUGUGAGUUCGAUGGCCAAAGAUCAAAUCGGUUGCAGGGCUUUGCAGAAACUGGUGGAGGAAGGAACGUUUCAUGAUUUCAACGCUAUAUUCCUUGGAAUCAUUAACCAUCUCAUCCAUGUUUCAAUGGAUCAGUUUGGGAAUUACUUGGUCCAGAAGAUGAUUGAUCUGUGUGACGAGGAGCAGCGAACGUUGAUUGUGAGUGUGUUGACCUCAAAUCCACUCGACCUAAUCCAAAUCUGUCUCAACAAUUACGGGACACGGGUUGUCCAGAAGAUGAUUGAAAGGGUGAAAACGAAAAAGCAGAUUCAGAUGGUGAAGUCAGGCGCAAUGGCGGGUGAGCAAAUGAAACCUGCUGCUUCUCUACUUCUAGUGUUGAACUUCUGCAUGUACGUGAUAGUUUUAGCGAUUGGAGGAUGGGCUAUGAACCAAGCAAUUGACCACGGAUUCGAAAUUGGCCCUGAUCUCAAGCUGCCGGCACAUUUCUCCCCAAUUUAUUUUCCGAUGGGAAACGCAGCCACAGGAUUCUUUGUGACAUUCGCGUUGCUUGCGGGAGUAGUUGGUGCGGCUUCCACAAUCUCAGGCCUUAGCCACAUUCGUUCUUGGACCGUGGGAAGCUUACCAGCUGCAGCCGGAGCUGCAACUAUUGCAUGGACUCUCACAGUCCUUGCCAUGGGAUUCGCCUGGAAAGAAAUCGAGCUUCACGUGCGAAAUGCAAAACUGAGAACCAUGGAGGCGUUCUUGAUCAUACUCUCAGUCACACAGCUUAUUUACAUCGCUGCUGUUCACGGCGUUAGGAGACCUACCUAAGAAAUUGUGGGCUUUCGGUUUCUUUCUACUUUGCAUGUCAAUCAUCCCGAAACUCGGGAUGGGUGUGCUGAGUGUUUGUGCCCGUGUAUGAUGUUAUUUUCAUAGGAAGUUGAUGAACAAAAAGUUUUAGUUAAAUUCAC